AUGUUCGAUGAAACACCAAUCUCGGAUCUUACAGCAAUCGUUUUUACACGUUCGCCUCCUUCACUAAAAGUUUUGAAUCAACUUUUACUUCCACAUAAAACAAUAUAUGAAACGGUAUCGAAUGUAAAAGAAGGUUAUGAACAAAUCAAAGAAAUGAAAGUUCGUGGUGCACCGGCUAUAGGAAUAGUUGCAGCUUUAUCAUUAGCAAUAGAUCUUCUUUUACAAAGCUCGAAUCAAACCAAUUUAAUUUUUAAAGAUCAAGAAACUUUAAAGAGUUAUAUUAAAGCUUCGCUUGAAUAUUUGAAAACUUCUCGACCGACAGCAGUUAAUUUAUUUCGCGCAUCGGAUAUUUUAUGGAACAUCACAGAGAAAGAAACAGAUGUUAACAUGAUAAUAGAGAGAAUAAUUGAAGAAGCUGAAAGAAUGUUGAUUGAUGAUGUACAAGAUAACAAAAAUAUUGGAAAUUUUGGAGCAGAAUUUAUUUUGAAAGAAAAUCAAGAUAAAAAGAUUGGUGUAGUAACUCAUUGUAAUACUGGAUCUUUAGCAACAGCAGGAUAUGGAACAGCACUUGGAAUUAUUCGAUCUUUAUACUUUCAAAAUAGACUUUCUCAUGCUUAUUUCACAGAAACUCGUCCGUAUAAUCAAGGGGCCAGAUUGACCGCUUAUGAAUUAAUUCACGAUAAGAUUCCAACUAUAAUUGUUGGAGCUGAUAGGGUAGCCUCGAAUGGUGAUACUGCAAAUAAGAUCGGUACUUACCAAUUGGCGAUCACCGCGAAUUAUCAUAACAUCAUGUUUAUAGUCGCUGCUCCAAGUACUAGUAUUGAUCUUAAUAUUAAAAGUGGAAAGGAGAUAAUUAUUGAAGAAAGAGCUGAAGAUGAAGUUACAAAUGUAACUGGAAUUGUUAAAAAUAUUAAUGGUGGAGAGUUAAAAUCUACAAAAGUAAGAUUGCCUCCGGAAGGUGUUAAAGUUUGGAAUCCAAGUUUUGACGUUACACCUGCAAAGUUAAUUACUGCUAUAGUUACUGAAAAAGGUGUCAUUACCAAAAAAGAUGGAACGAAUGAGUUUAAUUUAUUUGAUUUCUUAACGUAA